CCUCUUUGGUGUAAACACUUUAUCUCCAAAGGACAACAGGAUGCACGCACUGGCACGCGCCUGAGGGCAGGCUAAGACUACCCCAUCAUCAUCAUCAUCUUCACAUUCAUUCUUAACACAGUUCUUACUAGUCUGUGCUGAAAUUUCAUCCUUGUCUACUUCUUCCUCUGAUUAUAUCAGUCGGUCUCUCUAUCGUGUGCUUUUUUUUCGCUUUCAACUCUUUUCUCUCUUCAUAUUACAUUUUUAGUUUUUUCUUUGCUCUUAUAUUUCUUCAUCUCUCUGUCUUCUUCAUCGAACGCUGUUUCGGCUUCUCACUCAUUCUCUUGUUCUCGCUCUCUUUCUCCUUUUCUUUUGUUUUUACUUUAUUUAGCUUUUAUCUCUUAUUCUUGACAUCAUUUUCUCCUGAUCUAUUCUCUCUGUCCUGUCUUUAGUCCUUCCUUCCCCCUCCCCUCUCUCUCUCUCUCUCUCUCUCUAUCUUUCUCAGUUGUAAGUUUAAACAGUGACCUGAGAGUUAACAGGAAUCCUUCAGCAACUCCUGGAUGAAAAGUAGGAGUGAGUGAGAACGACUGGAGGAGGAGAGGAGCGCAGGAUUGAGGGGGGCGGUGUAGCUGAGAGGCCACAGAGGGGGGUUCCAGCGUUGCUAAGAGGGCCGGACAGAGCAGAAAAGAAGGAAGAAAAGGAGUGAGAGUGGAAACGAGAGAGGGAGAAAGAGAGAGGGAGAGAUGGCGAGUGGAGAGAUCUCCACUCUUCCCCCGGCUUCGGCCGACAGCUUUCCCCCGGGCCACUUCAAAGAGCCCAAGCGUCUGUACUGCAAAAACGGAGGGUACUUCUUGCGCAUCAACCCGGACGGACGAGUGGACGGCAUACGUGAGAAAAACGACCCCAACAGUAAGACUCCUUUUAAAAAAUACUGUAAAGUCCGGCUGCAGCUCCAGGCGACCGCAGUAGGAGAGGUCGUCAUUAAGGGGAUCUCAACUAAUCGCUUCCUUGCCAUGAGCUCUGAGGGGAGGCUUUUCGGAACGAAACGAGCAACAGACGAAUGUUAUUUCUUCGAACGCCUAGAGGCAAAUAACUAUAACACAUACAGAUCACGGAAAUAUCCUAACUGGUACGUCGCGCUAAAGAGGACGGGACAGUACAAGAGCGGAGCGAACACAGGACCUGGACAAAAAGCUAUCCUCUUCCUCCCAAUGUCAGCCAAGAGCUAAACAGCAUCUGUGUGAGUUUUUAUUUGUUUAUGUGAAAACAAAUGUUCAUCUUUAUUUUUUUGGUCAACAAAAUGUUGGGCUUAUUAACUUAUCACAGUGCUUUUACCUGCUUAUCACUAAUGAAUCAUUUUUAGAGGUACAUUGCAUUCUUUGCUUACAAUGUAAAAUAUUUAAAAGAUGCCUCAUUAAUAGUUUCUUGCCAUCUUUUUUUUUUUUUUUUGGUGUUAUUUGGGUUUCUUGAGCUCUUGAACAACAUGUAUGUAAAAUCAGUGUAUAAUCCAUCAGUGGCUUCAUCCAACAUUAUGGUUUGACUCUGAGAACUCCAUGAAUCACUACAUGCUUUUUAAAAUCAACAAGAGAGUUAAAGGAAAUGAUAUUUAUUUAUUUGUGCAAAUGGCUCCAGAGUGGACAUUUCUUCCUAAGAAAAUACCGCCAAUGAAAUUUAUUUUGAAUUCCAGGUUAGGAUUAGGAUGUUAGAUUGGAUAUUGUGCAAAUUCAACAACUUCUAAUCACCAGUUUCACAUUGUGAACAUUUAAAAUAUAAUAAAAACGUUGUAAACUUUUAUGUUCAUUAAAAUUUUACAUUUUACCUAGAAAAGGGGAAAAGUGCUGAACUGACAUAAUCAUUGUUGCGAUUAAACCCUAGUGGUGAGUUUUGUAAUUGAAUGGUUUGUAAUUGCGUAAAAUGAAAAUGUUUCAGAAAUAUAAUCCUUUAUUCUGAAAUUCAAAAAAACUAACUACUGAAACUAAAAUUUCAUCUUACAAAGUCAAGUAGCCAAAAGUUAAAGCCAAAAGUUAAAAGUAGCCAAAAGCUAAACAUUGAACCAAAACAGGGUGAUGUUCCACCAUCUGCAGCCAAUCAGUGUCACUAAAAGAGGGUCAACAGGAAGUGCUCCAUCUGUAAUCUUAUCUUGGAGCUCUGUGAUCUGUUUUUCUGCUCAUUGAAACAGAAUCUUGAAUGAAACGCAUAGUCGUCAUGCUAAUCCAAAAGGUUCUCUGGUGAACCUUUUGCCAAACUGAACAGAUUUUUAACAUUGGAUGAUUCACCUACUGUUGGAAAGGUAAACAUUUUUAGACACGGCUUGAAAGUUGUGUUGAAACAAUUUGACCGUGUCCAACUGAGUUUUUAAACAGUUUUUUAAUACUUUAACAACAUUAACUUCAACCUUCAAUUGCAAGCUUAAGUGUUUACCAAAAAUGCUUGUAAAAAUAUGCUUAGUUGUGAUCUACAUCAAGUACCAAACAUUCAAAUACAUACGUAAUAAUAAUAAAAA